AUGCACCAAACAGAACUUGUGGAAGCCAUUAUCACCAUGGCGCACGUGCUGGAGCCCCACGCACUCGCCACACUUCACCAGCGCCUCACAAAAAUGUUGGGAAACGACAUGUACGCAUCUCAUCAAGGCGGUGGUGGGGCGCCCUCGUCGUUUAGAGGCGGCGGCCCGCGUGAUCACCACCAGCACCACUCACAUCAUCAUCAUCAGAUGCAACACCACCAGCACCACCACCGCGGCAGGGGAGGUGGCGGCUUCUCUGAUGUUUACAUGCACGACCGACGCCGCUUUAACGAUUAUAGGGACGCCGCUGCAAACAACACAAAUGGAAAUGGAAUGCGUUAUUCAUCACGUGGUGGUUAUGGUGGUGGCAGACAUCGUGGUAAUGGGAGAUUCCGAAAUGAUGAUCGCUCUGGGUCUUCUGGCCACCGCAAUCAUGAUAACAACAAUAUGGAUGAUAACCGUAAAUGGAGAUCUGAAGAAGGAGCAUCAAAAAAUGCAAAUACAAUCACAUCUAAUACAUCCGGUACGGGGAGUGCUGUUAAUGCCAACAAUGCGGCGGGUGGAAUAAAUACAAAUGCAGCAGGUGAGGGAGACAGACAUAAUCAGCGAAAAGGGGGAAAUAAAAGACGGGACAGACGCCGCCCUAAUACCAGUGAUAGUGAGACGAAAUGA